UUUGAUCAGUUGGCGUUUUGCAUUUGGGCGCUGCGGACGUCUCGCUAACUCUCAUUCUCUCUCUAUCACUCACGCCGGUCCCCGAUCUCGCAGCUCAUUCUCGCUCUCUCGUUCCGGAAUCGGGCUUUAUAUAUAUAAUUAUUUUUAUAUAUAUAGAAACAAUUGUAAUAUCGUAUUCAUCUAGAAUCGGUGUGGAAGCUUCAAGAUGUUGCAACAGUGCCUCGUAGCAGUGCUGCUAAUAGUGGCUGGUGUAAAUGGCCAAGGCAAAGAAAAGGAGGAGUUCCAAUGCCCCUCACAUAUCGCCAAUGGCAACUAUGCCGAUCCAGCAACCUGCCGUCGCUUCUACCAGUGCGUCGACGGAUAUCCGUAUUUGAACCGCUGCCCGUCUGGACUCUACUUCGACGAUGUCCAAAAGUUCUGCACAUUUAAGGACGAGGCCAAGUGCGGUCCGUUAGCAACAACACCUGCCCCUGCCACGGAUGCACCUGCUGAUACGGCGCAAAGAUGCAACACGGAAGACUGUGCUCUGCCCUACUGUUUCUGUUCCAAGGAUGGUACUCAGGUGCCCGGAGACCUGGAACCGGAGAAGAUCCCACAAAUCAUUAUGCUAACCUUUGAUGGAGCUGUCAAUUUGAAUAAUUACGAUCAUUACCAAAAGAUCUUCAAUGGAAAACGCAAGAAUCCCAAUGGAUGUCUGAUUCGAGGAACUUUUUUCCUCUCCCAUGAAUAUAGCAACUAUCAGCAGAUUCAACACCUGGGAUAUGCUGGACAUGAAAUCGCCACCGAGAGCAUCUCACAGCAACAGGGACUGCAGGACAAAGGAUACGAGGAGUGGGUGGGUGAGAUGAUUGGCAUGCGUGAAAUUUUGCGACACUUUGCCAAUGUGUCCGUCAACGAUGUGGUUGGUAUGCGAGCUCCAUUCCUCAAGCCCGGCCGCAACACCCAAUACAAGGUCCUUGAGGACUUUGGCUAUAUCUACGACAGCUCCAUCACCGUGCCCCCAGUUGCUGUUCCCGUCUGGCCCUACACCCUCGACUAUAAGAUCUCGCACGAGUGCAAGAGCGGCACCUGCCCCUCACGCACCUUCCCCGGCGUAUGGGAGGUGCCCUUGAACACCCACUAUGUGGAAGGCUAUGAGGGCGGUCAUUGCCCCUACCUGGAUCAGUGCGUUCUCCAUAAUCUGGAUGAGGAGGAGGUCCUGCAAUGGCUGCAAGAGGACUUUUCGCGGUACUACGAACAAAACAAAGCACCCUACAUGAUGCCCUUCCAUACCAACUGGUUCCAGACCAAGCCCCUGGAAAAUGGUCUCCACAAGUUCCUUGACUGGGCUCUCGAAUUACCCGACGUCUACAUCCUUACUGUCACCCAAAUGUUGCAGUACAUGACCGAUCCCAAGGAACUCCGCGAUGUUAGCAAGAUCGAAGCAUGGAAAUGCGACAAAAGCGUUGCCGUUGCCCCCAAGCCUUGCAACAUUUGGCAGACGUGUGCCCUGCCCUUCAAGAUUCCCGAACAAAAUGUUACGGAUACCCGAUACAUGGAGACCUGCCGGGAAUGCCCCAAUGUCUAUCCCUGGCUGGGUGAUUCUGGCGGUACUGGUAUUGCCGGAAAGGAUAAUUAUAUUUUCAACGGUUCACCACAAGAGGAAAAUGAUGGGGAGGAAUCUAAAUAGAUUUUCCUUUAGAUUUCUAUUCUACUUUCUUCUAUUUCUUUCCAACUUUUUCAAAAAAUACUUUUUUCCCAUCCUUCCGAUCCUAUAACCUGUCGUAUUCUCAGUUUAUAAGCAAAAUUGUGUCGAAAUGUUCUUAGGUUUUAAGCAAACAAAAAUGUUUAUGUAAAAUGAAUUUUUUUUCGUAUCAAUAAAUUUGCCAUUUUUUGAAAAAAAAAAAA